AUGGCUUCUUCUUCCAACAUUCCAGAAGUGAAGUAUGAUGUUUUCCUUAGUUUUAGGGGCGAGGACACCCGGAAUAAUUUUACAAGCCAUCUUAAUGCAGCUUUGUGUCGUAAAAAGAUUCAAACAUUCAUCGAUGACGAACUCGAGAGAGGAGAAGAAAUUUCACCAUCUCUAUUGAAGGCAAUUGAACAUUCAAAGAUUUCCGUUAUCAUUUUGUCAGAAAAUUAUGGCUCUUCCAAAUGGUGUUUAGAAGAACUUGCAAAGAGCCUUGAAUGCAAAAAGAUGGUAAUACCAAUUUUCUAUCACGUCGAACCAUCACAAGUAAAGAAUCAAACUGGAGCUUUUGGAGAUGCAUUUGCCGCAAUCGAAAAGCGUUUUGAGGAUAGGUUAGAUGUGCUACAGAGAUGGAAGACUGCUUUGAAGGAAGUAGCCAAUCUCUCUGGAUGGACUACAGAUAGCAAGAAGUACGUCUGA